AUGGGAAUCACGCAUAUUGUCUGCUUUCAAUUUAAAGCCGAUGCGACUCCGGAGGCUAUUGAUGAGACCUGCUCGAAAAUGCUGGGAUUGAAAGAUGCCUGCAUUCAUCCUACUCACCAAAAACCCUACAUCAAAUCUGCAAUGGGCGGCAAAGAUAUCUCAAAGGAGGGGCUCCAGAACGGAUUUACGCAUGCAUUCGUUACUGAAUUUGAGAAUGCCGAAGACAGAGAUUAUUACACGCAAAAAGAUCCCGCCCAUCUGGCAUUUGUCAGUAGCCUAUCAGCGAUGAUCGAGAAGGUCCAUGUCAUGGAUUUUGUCGACGGGGCCUUUUGA